CCAUCACAGGAGGUCAGCUAGUUGCUUUGCAUAAUUGAGCACAGGGUAACCCAAGGCUAAGAGCAGGCAGCUGAGAGCAGGACUCCCCAUGGGUGUGUGUAGCUUCAUACGACUUUCGAUCGUGGUCUCUUCUUAUCGCGAGGACGAUCUGGUCCUAAGCAGCCGCUAAGUUCUGACUCCAGAUGUCUCUUGAAGUUGUGGCCGUUGGCAAGCUCAAUUGGUAAACAAACACGUCCACGGUUUAGCAUUGAGGCGCUCAGCAAACCAGGUGAACAGCUGCACAAGUUUCGGGGCAACUCAGAAGGUCAAGGGAAGGAACGCCAAUCAGGAGCGAUGGCGCAGGCAGAUGGGACAGCCUCCUCCUAUGUUAUUGACUGGUCCAGGAACGAGCAGCGCGACCCAGGCUACGAGGGCCUCAACCCCGACGUCUGGAUCGCCGAGAGCAAGCAGUUCCCCGGGGAGAAAGAACUGGUCGUGAAAGCCCCCAUCCCAAAGGGUGCGGUCGUCUUCACCGGGCACUACCUCCGCGAGCGGAAGGGCACAAUCGUGACGGCCGACGAGCUGCUGUCGUGGCCGGUGGAGAAGCGCGAGGAGUUCAUGCACUGGACGGUGCAGAUCUCCGACUUCGAGUUCCAGGCGGCGACGGUGCGCGAGGACGGGGUGCCCGAGGACUUUGCGGCGUUCAUGAACCACAGCUGCGACCCCACCAUCUGGUUUCUGCCCGAUGACUGGACCAUGGUGGCGCGCCGCGACCUCAAAGUCGGGGACGCUAUUCUCCUCGAUUACGCCACCGCGGCGAACUCGUCUCCUAUUGUGUAUUUGAGCAACAUCAAGGACAUGCCAUGCUUGUGCGAGACGAAGCGGUGCCGGAGGCUCCUCAAAGGAACCGACUACUUGAAGAAGGAGCUGUGGGAUCUGUACGGCGCUCACUGGUCGCCGAGCGUGUAUCAAAUGUGGAAGAGGGAUGGGAUUGCUCCGCCUCAGGGAGAGGGCGUCGAGCCACUUGAUGCUUGAUCAUUCGGCUUGACAUUGGUGAAUAAUGAACAGCCAAAUGCAGUCGUCCUCGUACUGCCCUAACCGUCCCCACUGUAACUUAAGCGUUGCUUUGUGAGUAAGCUCCAAUAAGUGCAACGAUAUGAGCUAACCGGUCUUGGGACUAAACUCUGAAUACAUUUUGAUGCUACAAGUACUGCAAAAUAGGAGUCAAGUUGCUAGUGAUACCGCGGUAAGCUGGGUAGAACGGAGCCUACGAAAGCUCCUCGUUGUACGUUACGUUGUGUGGUAAGUGCAACGUGCACCGUGGCAUUCAUUAUGCAUGGUCACGUGCACCUGAUCGAUGCGAGAUCGCACAGCUGUAAAAUCAGCUUCUAUACCAGUGGCUUACGCGCAACUCGAAAGCCUGUCCGG